UGGCGCUGCGGAGUCGCCGUCCCGUCCCGUCCCGUCCCGGCGCGGUGCGUGCGUGGGGCCGCGGCGGGAGCAGGAAGGAGGAGAAGGGAGGAGGAAGGAGGAGGAAGGAGGCGGCGGCGAUCCCUCAGCGCCGGGACAAAGGGCCGCGCAGGUAGUGCGGGCAGGGCUGGGCUGGGCAGGCCGGCCUGGCUGCGGGGCCGCCGAGCCGCUCAGGGCCGGGACCCCCUCCCCGCAGAGCCGCGGCCAACGGCCGUUCCCAGCGCCCCUUUGUUUUGUCAGCCGCGGCCGAGACCCCUCCCCGGGAGGGUUGGCACUUCCCGGCGCCGCAGCCAUGAGGGCCGAGGGCCGGUGGCCGUGCUGAGCGGCGGCCCGGAGCGGAGGGCGGCCCGCGGGGCCCCGCCGCCAUGGAGCGGCCGAGCGGGGACAUCAUGCGGCGGAACCCGCAGCAGGACUACGAGCUGAUCCAGCGCGUGGGGAGCGGCACCUACGGCGACGUCUACAAGGCUAGAAAUCUUCAUACUGGAGAACUGGCUGCUGUAAAAAUAAUCAAGUUAGAGCCUGGGGAUGACUUUUCGUUGAUCCAGCAGGAAAUAUAUAUGGUAAAAGAAUGCAAACAUUGCAACAUAGUCGCCUAUUUUGGGAGCUAUCUCAGCCGUGAGAAGCUGUGGAUAUGCAUGGAGUACUGCGGCGGGGGAUCCCUCCAAGAUAUCUACCACGUGACGGGACCUCUGUCAGAGCUACAAAUUGCAUAUGUCUGCAGAGAGACUUUGCAGGGUCUCGCUUAUUUGCAUAUGAAGGGCAAAAUGCACCGAGAUAUAAAGGGUGCAAAUAUUCUGCUAACAGAUCACGGAGAUGUCAAGUUAGCUGACUUUGGUGUAGCAGCAAAAAUAACAGCCACCAUUGCGAAGAGGAAAUCAUUUAUCGGUACCCCUUACUGGAUGGCCCAGAAGGUGGCCGGCGUGGAGAAGAAUGGCGGCUACAACCAGCUCUGUGACAUCUGGGCAGUUGGCAUCACAGCCAUCGAGCUGGGAGCUAUCCCCCCCAUGUUCGACCUGCACCCCAUGAGGGCUUUGUUCUUAAUGUCAAAAGUAAUUUUCAACCACAAAGCUAAAGGAAAAGGCGAAUGGUCAUCAACAUUCCAUAACUUCGUCAAAAUAGCACUUACAAAAAACCCAAAGAAGAGACCAACAGCAGACAGACUCCUUGCUCACAGCUUUGUAGGGCAGCCUGGUCUUUCACGGUCUUUAGCAGUUGAGCUGUUGGACAAAGUUAAUAAUCCUGACAACCACACGCACUGCAGUGAAGUGGAUGAUGACGAUUUUGAGCCUCAUUCUGUUAUUCGCCAUACGAUUCGUUCUACAAACAGGAAUGUUAGGGCAGAAAGAACAGCAUCGGAGAUAAACUUUGAUAAGCUCCAGUUUGAGCCCCCGCUGCGGAAAGAAACAGAAGCUCGGGAUGAAAUGGUUGUGGCAGCUGGCACCGACUUUGCUUCGCAUUGGAAUCCUUUUGUUGAAGGUGGAAGCAGCAAGUCAACCCUAAAGCGAGCAGGGCCGCCUCCUCUGCCCCCUAAGCCAAGAAUAAACAGCUACCCUGAGGAAAACCUCCCGGAUGAUGAGAAAUCUCAGACGAUAAAACACUUCCCUGACUCACAGAACAGAGCCCCACCGGCCCAUAGGAGGCAGAGUAUUCCUGUCUGUGGGCCUCAAGCUGAUUCUUCCCCCAUUGGUAUGACCAGCAGCAUCAGUAGCCCGGGAUUGCUCACAGCUAGAUACAGCGACUUGGGAAAUGGGGACGGCAUGCUGAAACUCAUUGAGGAAAACGCAGAAGGAUCCGGACAGAUCCCUCAGCUGCCACGGAAAAAAGAGAAGAGAGAUUUUCCUAAGCCAGCAAUCAAUGGUUUGCCACCAACGCCAAAGGUGCUGAUGGGAGCAUGUUUCUCCAAAGUCUUCGAUGGCUGCCCUUUGAAGAUUAACUGUGCAACGUCGUGGAUUCAUCCAGACACUAAAGAUCAGUACAUCAUCUUUGGAACAGAAGAAGGUAUCUAUACUUUGAAUUUGAAUGAACUUCAUGAAGCAACAAUGGAACAGUUGUUUCCCCGAAAGUGCACCUGGCUGUACGUUAUCAACAACACCUUAAUGUCCCUGUCAGAAGGGAAGACGUUCCAGCUCUACUCCCAUAAUCUGAUCGCGUUGUUUGAACAAGCCAAAAAAACAGGACUGGCUGCUCACAUCCAAACCCAUAGAUUUCCUGACAAGAUAUUACCAAGGAAGUUUGCCUUAACAACAAAGAUUCCUGACACAAAAGGGUGUCACAAAUGCUGUAUAGUAAGAAAUCCAUACACAGGACACAAGUACCUCUGCGGGGCAUUGCAGUCUGGAAUUGUUCUGCUACAGUGGUAUGAGCCAAUGCAGAAAUUCAUGUUAAUAAAGCACUUUGAUUUUCCUUUGCCGAGCCCUCUGAAUGUCUUUGAGAUGCUGGUGAUCCCAGAGCAGGAAUACCCGAUGGUCUGCGUCGCUAUCAGCAAAGGUGCUGAGCCAAACCAGGUCGUUCACUUCGAGACAAUCAACUUGAACUCUGCUUCCUCGUGGUUUACAGAAAUCGGUGCAGGCAAUCAGCAGCUGGAUGCCAUCCAUGUGACGCAGCUGGAAAGAGACACCGUGCUGGUCUGCCUGGACAAAUUUGUGAAAAUAGUGAAUUUACAAGGGAAACUGAAGUCAAGCAAGAAGUUGGCCUCAGAGCUGAGCUUUGAUUUCUGCAUUGAGUCAGUGGUGUGCCUUCAGGACAGCGUGCUGGCCUUCUGGAAACACGGCAUGCAGGGCAAGAGCUUCAAGUCAGAUGAAGUUACCCAGGAGAUAUCAGAUGAAACCAGGGUUUUUCGCUUACUGGGCUCUGACAGAGUGGUGGUGCUGGAGAGCAGACCGACAGAGAACCCAACUGCACACAGCAACCUCUACAUCUUGGCUGGCCAUGAAAACAGUUACUGAGCUGCAGUGACCCAACGCGGGGAUUCACCGCGGGAUGAGAAAGGAGCGUUAGGGAUCUCAGUGCAUGUGGGGCUGUGACUCUUUUUUCUUCUCUUGACACCUAAAUUUUGCUGUUUUCAGGUGGAAAUCAAUACAUUUUUGCAGCUGGGAACAGCUGGUUCCGUCUCUCGCCACUGUGUGGUUGGUUAUGUCAAGUUUGCUUAAUAAAAGCUAUGAAAUAAGUAGCCCUUUACUCAUUAGUGUAGGGAAACAGAGCCUUUAAAAUAAUGUUAUUUGGUAAAGGUGCCAUAAACUGUUAAUUAUUCUCCUUCCCUCGUGCAUUCUGUAGAUACAGACCUAGUGGCUGCCUCCCCCUUUUAUACCGAGUCUUAUUCUUAAGUAAAAGACCCACUUGGUGCAGGGAGGGAAGGGAUCCGCGGAGCUCUUUGGUUUUAAGUGCGCCAUUCGGCACGGCUUUGUACUAUAGACUAUUUAAUCCUUAUUUAUUAAUCUGCUGCUGGGGUGGCGUAACGGAUCUCACUGUAGCACAGGGAGGUUACAGAGCAGCUGGUGGGUUUGGUUGGGUGUUUCUUUACACUUGUGUCCAGACUUGACCGCGGUUCUUUCCCUCGCAGACGUGGCGCGUUGCUUUGUCUUUCCUCCAGCUUUGUAAAGAUGCAGUUUUGUACAACCAACUAUUUUGUAUUGAUUUGCUCCUUGCCUGCAGAAUUGCCAUCAGGUGGUUUCCUGUUGGCCAGACGUAGGGGUGUGUGCACAACGUGCAGUGCUGCUGUUGUGUGCUGCACACACCCGUGUGUGUCUGCAUGUGUGCAUGGUACCCAGCUGACCGGCAGCGGGGAUUUUUAUAUCUAUAUAUAUAUAUAUGCUCAUAUAUAUAUAUAUAUAUAUACAUGUACAAAAUAUAUGUGCUUUAUUUUCACAAGUUAGGGAUGAGCCUCGUGACGGGAGCUGGAAACUGCACCUGGGCGUCAUCCCUAACGAACAGAAGCGUCGCGUGUCGACCUGCCUGACGUGUCCAUUAUUGAUGCUGUUCCCAAGGGGAGCGGAGCUGCACGGCCCCUGCUCUGCCCUCCUGCCCCUGUUGGGCUCUGGGUGCCGCGUUCCCCGCCGGGUGGUAUAAAUAAAUAGGAUCAAAGCAGUGCUCUGUAUCACAGCUCUCCAGCACCGCUUCCCUCUCCCUGUUUUGUCAGCUGCGUUGUUCUUUCUGGUUCUGUUCCUCCAUUAAAAAGCCAUGUGGGUUCA